GGCCCCUAGGGGAGAAGAAAUCCGCUGUCUCAGUAGAAGACAUCUGCUUGCUGUCAGUUUACAUCCUGACCUAAUCCACACAGUCGAUGACUUGUUGCAGUGUAUCAGUGCAGGAGCCUGGAGGACCUCACUAUAGUACAGUCACUAUGGAGUCCGGACAUAUACGGGGCGCUCCCCUCCCCACACACAGAUGAGACCGCCCGGCUCACUCACGAGCUCCCCCAUCAUUGGUUUCUCCCGCUUCACACUCCCCCUGUCAGUCUGUGGUAGACUCCAACUUCCGGUGUCACCAUAGCAACGCGUCCUGACAUAGCUACACGGAUUCACGGGACCAGAGAAUCACCCGCAAAAUGUGACCGGAAACCGCGACCGGGACCUGGUUUCUCCGUCUGCUGCGCCGAUCGCUGUGACAACAUGGAGGUCGCUCCUUCCGCCAACUUCGACCUUCCUAGAGAGGAUGGAAGCCUCAAGAGACCCUCAUCCUCCGCCUUUCUGGACAGUUUGGUGGAAAAGCCUCAGAACCGACCGGUUCCCAACCACAUCCUGGAGUCAAGGGUCUACACGAAGCUCGGCAGUAAUGUCUCGGUUGCGGCAGACCCUGGAGUUCUCCAUUUUGGGGGAUUUGAGAUUGGGACGUGUCUCCAUCGGACUCUGAGAUUGGUGAACAUCUCUGCAGACGUCUCCAACGUGCACAUCAUCCCCCCCCAGAGCAAGCACUUCACCGUCAGCUACAGGAAAGCAAACAGGCUGGCCCCGGGCUUGGCGCUAACAGUCAAUGUUCAGUUCAUUGCUGAUGAAUGGAGAUAUUACUAUGAUUGUAUCCGCGUCCACUGCAAGGGUGACGAGACGCUGCUGGUGCCCCUGCAUGCCUACCCCGCCAUGGACCUGCUGGACUUUCCAUCUCAUGUGAACUUAUCAGAUGUGCCGCUCGGGCAGAGAGCGCUCUACGCCCUCCCCUUGCGCUGCAGUUGCCCGGUUGACUUUGAGUUCAGCAUUGUUUGUUCUCAGCCUCACAAAGACUUUGAAAUCUCCCCGACUUCAGGGGUGGUUCCAGGUGGCGGACUGGUGGAGGUGACCGUGACCUAUACUCCGUCCAGCUAUGGCACCGCACAGACGAGGGUAGAGCUGCUGAUCUCGGAGCUGAAUGCGACGCCGCGUCUCUGCGUGUUCACUGGCACCUGCUCCCCCAGACUGACGGCAAUGAAGGAACGCCAAGAGUACGUCCACAUCUCGCCCACGAGGAGACCCCAGGGAGGCCAGAAACUGUCCUAUGGGGUGUCCCGCAAAAAGAGACAUCUCCAGAGCUUGCAGCAGAAUGCGUCACAGGUCAUUGAGUUCCAGAGCCUGAGAUUUCCCCUCAGUCUGUCCAGUCCCCACGCCGUGUCCACCGUGCUGAACCAGCAGCCAGAAAAGCUGAGGCUCCGAGACCUGCGCCAAGGUCGCACAGGUUCUGACAAGAAGGUAAAGACUCGUCAGGAGAAGGAGACGCGAUUCCAGCAGGUGAUCCAGCAGAACGUCGCAGAGGAGGAGGCCAAUCAGCUGCGGUGGCAGGUUCACCUCGGCCAUGAUCCCAUCUCUGCAAGACACCGUCACAUUAUAACGGAGGAUCGCCAGAGCGCCGCGGCCGAGUACCAGAUGAUGAGAGGCUGCCCUGACCUGCCCGCUGACCACAGGAGGGAGGCCGCGCUUGCAGGUUGUCGUCGGGUGCUGCGCCGUGUGGAUGAGUGUCCCCGGACGCAGCCGCAGUUUGACCUCUACAUGAAUGACCUCUGGGCUAACAGGAGCCGGGCCCUGAGGCGCUUCCAGCAGGCGGCCCGCACGGUCCUCCUACGAGGCAGAGUGGACGGCCGGCUGCCAUCCUUGAAGAAACUGCUGCAGCGCCUCCGAUCAGAGGGAGAGGAGGACGCAACGUGUGACAGCAGCGAUGAGGAGGUCGCCCCGUUACCCGCCUCGCAGGUCUUGGCCUAUGAAUUCCCUCCUUACCCGGCUGAGCCCGAUGGGUCGCCGCUGCAAGAUCUCAUGUUCCUUCCUCCCAGACCUGCAGCAGCACCGCUCAGACACCGGCUCUCCUUCCAGGACCUAAAGACCUGCACUACAACCCCCCAAACUACUCUGCACCCCUCCUCGACCUGCACUGCAACCCCACAAACUACUCUGCACCUCUCCUAG